AUGACAAAAUAUGUUACCAAAAGUGAACUACCAGAUGUAUUCCAAAUUACGGAACAAGAUAUUUAUCAAAAUAAUGUUAUUGCAAGACGCCUAGGAUCUAUGGAACAAAUGAUGCUUCUUUUAGGGAAACAUAUAUGUCAUAGUAGCAUUGAUGUACUUUAUUUACCUACAAACCCCCCUGAAACAAGAUCUCAUACUGUUUUGCCUAUUUAUAUGAUCAAUAAUAAUGAAAGCAACCCAUACUGGUCAGACAUGAUAGAAAAAUAUUUUGCUCGCCCAACUACCCCCGAAUUCAAUCAAUUAACCUAUCCAGACUACUGGAAAUGCUACAAAGUUAUACAAACAAAAAAUAUCUUAAAAUACUGUAACACACUUGUAGAUCAAAAUAAUUAA